UGGAAUCCUUUACAAGAUGUCUAGAUUCAGCCAUUUUCUCCUGAGCUUCUGUAUUCUAGGAUACAUUUUCUGCAGUUCCAGGGCUUGGCAAGUAAAAAUGCCAAGCAACAUCCAAGGAUUGGCGGGUUCCUGCCUUGUCAUCCCUUGCACCUUUGACUACUAUAAGAAUCCACCUCGAAGACCAGAUCGUGUGGUUUGGUACCAGUAUGUGAACCACGGAUAUCCUCUAGUUUGUGACAGCUGGUACCCAAAUGAUGUAAUUGACAUAUUUAGAGGAAAAACACGAGCGUUGACAUCUAGUUAUGAGAAGAAAUGCAGUCUUGAAAUCUACCCAGUGAGAUCGUCUCACCACAGACAGAGGAUUUACCCCUGGGUAGAUCCAGAGAAUAUUGGGAAAUACACCCAUGCAUUCUACGACAAAACUGUAACAAUUGAAGUACUAGACAGGGCUGAGGCACCAUAUAUUACGAUCUCUGGAAACAUGAAGGUUGGACAAACCGUGACAGUGCAAUGCACUGUUCGUCACACCUGUCCCACUUACCCACCAACACUGAGACUCAACAUCCCACUGCUUAACCCCAGUCUAAGUCAUAGCACCAUAAGUGAUGGGACAUCCAAAACCACCCUGACGAGCACAAUGCUCAUAGAAAGAGACCACCAAACUGUGGAGUGCUCCGUCCGACACAAGGGCGGUAUCACUGCAAAAGCCUCUAAAACCUUAAAUGCAGAAUGCUCCUUUUCACCGUUGACUAUCAGCCAGACAUCAUACGAAUUUCUUGAGGGACAGGCGAGCAAAGUAACCUGCACUGCCUUAUACACAUGCCCAAAACAUGUACCAGUUCUCACAUGGAACUAUGCUAGUAUGCCAGCCUCCAGUGAAACCAGGCAGAGUGGAAGUGCCGAGUGGAAGACUGUCUCCACACUGACAUUCACAGCAUCAGGUAACGACCACGGACGAUCUCUGACAUGCUACGCACAAUUCUCUGGGGGACAGAGGCAGGAAAUGAGCACCACCCUACGGGUAAAGAGAAACAUGCUUUCUCGUGGCUGGUCCUUCACCACCCCCAGCAGCAUCACAGGCAUGAGAGGCUCAUGUGUCAUCAUUCCUUGCACGUUCACCUACCGUGUCCCUCCGCCUUCUCACCUCAGAGUCAUAUGGUACUUGUUCCAGAGCAACGGAUACUCACCUGUGUUUGGUGAAGGACAGAGUGUUAUUAGUAAGUUUAAUGGGAUAACCAGCUUGAUUGGAUCUGUGAGUGAGAGGAAUUGUAGUCUAAAGAUUGAGAGGCUGGAGAUGUCACACAACCAGGACAGACUUUACCCAUGGAUAGAAAAAGACUCUAUCACCUCCUCCCACAACUUGAGCCACGCACUUUUAAACAAAACCUCUCAACUUAUUGUUUCAGAGCGUGCACAGGAGCCUCAGCUGAACAUCAUUGGUAUCCCCAGGGUGGGAGAGGAGAGCACAGUCUCCUGCAAUGUCCGUCAUUCAUGUAUCUCUGAUCCCCCAACCCUGAUCCUAAGUGGUGUACCUGGAAACGAAGUCAUUAGCGACACUCUGGUAUCUGAUGGGAUUUGGGAAAGGAAAGUAGAGCUAACUUGGGCUGUGAAAGAGGAAGACCAAAGUGUGAAGUGUACUGUCAGCUACAGAGGUGGUCAGAGAGCCACAAGUGAGCUCAAGCUGAAUGUUGAAUGUCCAUAUGACAACAUCGCAAUGACUGAGCGUCCAGGCGAGGUGACGGAGGGUGUGGCAAAGAGUGUCAUUUGUUCUGUUUCCUACAAGUGCAAGAAAAAUCAACCAACCAUCAUGUGGAACUAUGAAGACAUGAGGAUUAAAACAAGAACCAAACAGAACUCAAGCACCACCUUUAUCACAGUGUCAAAUCUCACCUUUAUUGGUUCUCUUGAGGAUCACGGUAAAACUUUGACCUGCACUGCUCAGUUUGUUACUGGGGAGACCUCAGACUCUGAAAUCCUUCAUAUAAAACCAUAUGUGAGGGAUCCAUUUGAAAAUGACACGCUCCACGAUCUGGUUGCUGACGUCCCUUUCAGAUUCACCGCCCUGACCCACUCCUGUGUGGUGAUUCCCUGCAGCUUCCCAUUCCAGGAGGAUAUACCUGUCACACGUGGCAUCUGGUCCAAAAAAAAUGGGGAUGUCAUCUACCAUAAUGCCCCGUCCUAUGUGGUUGACCAUUUCAAGGGCCGCACCAGGAUAUUAGGGGAUCUGAAUGGGGGAAACUGCUCAUUGGAGAUUGAUGACAUCAAGCCCUUUGAUAAUGGGCCCUUCUGUUUCCACGCAGAGAGAGGAAAUGACAGAGUCAGAUACAACAAUAGCUGCGUAUUUGUUGUUAUGAAAGCGUCCCCAGCAAAACCAGUGAUGACCUCAGUUCCACCAGAAGUUGAUGCUGGCUCAACAGUUACUGUCUCGUGUUCUGUGACACACACAUGUCCAUCACAUCCUCCGGUGUUCUCAUGGAGUGUCCCUAGCCUCACCAACAAGGUCACACAAACCUGGACGCCAGAGGGCAUCUGGGAGACGACCUCCACCAUCACUUUCAGGGCUGCUGGAGGAGACGAAGUCAAAAGCCUAACCUGCACAGCCAAAUCCUGGCUCGGCAAGACACAAGCCAGCACAGUCCAGCUGACUGUGAAGGGAUCAAGCAUUUAUCCAGCAGCCAUUGCUGUGCCAGUCCUGAUUGUAAUCAUCCUAGCUGCAGUGUUUGGAGUGGUCCUCUGUAAGAGACGGAAGCGUUCUGAUGACUCGCAGAGACCACCUCGACCAGAGAAAAGGAGAUCACUAUGGGAUAGAUUAUCCAGGAGGUCAUUCUGGAGCAGAUUUUCAAGAGGCCAAGGCAACACUGCGGACCUCAAUGUUGGCUAUGUAAACAACACCACCACUGUAAACUGUGAAACUCAAAUCUCCAAGCCACGCUGCCCAUCCCCAAAGCAUACUCGGAGACCUCCUCCUGACAGGCCUGAGGACUUUCCUUCCUUUUCCCAUCGUCUGAUUGCCCCACCCAUCUCAUCCACACACCUGGUCCCACUUCCCCCAUCUGCUCUGGCUAGCCUUCCCCGCCCACUUCCUCACCUGCAUAUCAUUCCCUCAUCAGCCACUCUCCAUAUAUCCUGAUCCAUUGUUCAUCACUUAUACAAUGUGGUUUUUGGUCAUCGCUUUUGAGCCUCUGGCUGUGGUUGAAAAGUCAAAAUCAGUCCUAUGUCCAGGUUGGAGUCAACACUUUUCCUUGACCUCAAUGAAAAACGACAUUAGAUCAAGGAAAGAUGUGAUGGAGAAUUCAAAAAGAUUUAGGAAACAACAACCGUGGUGCUAAGAGAAUCUGACAUGGAGGAUGGCAACAUCCUCAGUACUUGCCUCACCAGAAAUAAAACUA